GACGUGGCCAUGGCAAUGAUGGUUCCGUCGAACGAGCGCAACCGGGCGGCGCGGUACACGGCCGCCGUCUACUCGGACGAGAUCACCAUCCUGGCGGCCGUGCCGACGGACGGCGGGGCAGCGGGAUCCUUUGGAUUCCUCCGGGCAUUCGACAUGUCCGUGUGGCUGUGCCUGAUGGCGUCCCUGAUCGUGUGCUGCAUCUUCGUGGCCGCAGCCGACAACGAGCGGCGAGCUCAAGGCUUCCUACGGCGCUGGACGCACCAUUUCUUGUGCCUCCUGGGCAACCUCCUGCAGCAAGGGGGCUCUGGAGGCGAGGAUGUCCGCGGCCAGCGAUACCUGGCGGUGCGGUCGCUGCGCGUGGUGUGGUGGCUGUCGGCGUUGGUGCUGGCAUACGCGAUGGCGGGCCAGAUGAAGGCCUGUCUCUCCGUCCGCUCCGAGGCCUCGCGCAUCGAGAGUCUCGAUGACUUGGCUCACAGGCCUCACGUGCGGCCCUUGCUCUUCACGAACAGUAUUCUGGUGGACAUGCUCAGCGGAGUCGCAGUGCGCUCAGCCAGCGGACUCGUCACGGCACCCCACGGCGACCGUGGUAUCUACGCUACGUAG